CAGGAAAUGAUUUACAUUUGCCGACUGAAAAUCUUCCUCUUCUGCUUUUAGCACUGAUACGUUGGACAGCAUGGCUGGCAGGAGAGUCGUGGUGUUCCCCUCCUCAGCAGAGCUGGGUUCAGCAUUGGCCCACCUGGUGACCUCUCGGGCUGAGAGGGCCAUCAACUCCAGGGGCAGGUUCACCCUGGGUCUCUCGGGAGGAAGCCUCGUGACCAUGCUCAGCAAAGAGCUGCUGGCCGUUGCUGGCCUGGACUGCAGCAAGUGGGUGGUCGGAUUCUGUGAUGAGCGAGUGGUGCCCUUUGACAACCCUGACAGCACCUAUGGGCUCUAUAAGAAUCUUUUAUUUUCCAAGGUUAACAUUCCAGAGGAUGGAAUAUUGUCCAUUGAGGCCUCACUACCAGUGGAUGAGUGUGCUGAGGAUUAUGCUCGCACACUGAAAAAGGCCUUCCCUGAAUGUGACGUCCCCGUGUUUGACGUGCUGCUUCUGGGCAUGGGGCCUGAUGGACACACCUGCUCUCUCUUCCCCAACCACCCUCUUUUGGAGGAGAGCGAGAAGAUGGUGGCACCUAUCAGCGACUCUCCCAAACCACCACCAGAGCGCGUAACCAUGACAUUUCCUGUGGUGAACGCUGCACGCUCCGCCGUUUUUGUGUCCACUGGAGGGAGCAAAGCGCCUGUUUUGAAGGAGGUGCUGGAAGGAGGAGAUGGUCCAGCAUUCCCAGCAGCCCGGGUCUCCCCGACUAACGGCGAGCUGUUGUGGCUCAUAGACGAGCCCGCUGCUGCCUCCUUGACUAUGCAGGUGGAAAGGCUGGGCUCUGGUGCCAAACUUUAAAACAUUCCACACACAAAUGAUGAAGAAGCUUUGUGCAGCCCUUCUUUCAUUCCCAGACAAAAUGGAGACAGACUUGAGAUGCCUGCCGUCCUUCACUGCUACCUGUAGCACUUACUUACUGGAAGCAUGUUUGUCUAUGUCCUGAUGCAUCAGAACAGAUAAUAUUUAGUUUUAACUUUGCAAUAUGAGAAGUCGGACACAAACAUUCUCAGAAGAGCUAAUUAAACUACAUGC